UCUCGGGGCGCUUUGAAAUGCACUUUGUCCACGCCGAAUUGACCGAGCUUCGCGCAGGUACAUAUGACGGAUUCAAAUUCACACCACGGAACGUGGUGCCUUGGCUCUUCCGGAAUUACAGAGAGAAUCAAGCAGCCUCGUAUCGUGCAAGACGGCGAAAUAUUUACCUUUGGCAAGAUAGUCGAGAAGAACGGCCAGCUCUACCACCCUGCAAAAGUAUCGAUCAAGCUCGUUUACGACGAUGUUUACCCUGACGAAGAAGCCGGGAUUGCGAAUGGAUACGACGACGUCAGUCAAGGCGCCCCUCAUACGAAUCGUUACGGCCUCCUUGACGACGAAAUGUCGGACGUAGAUUCCAUUUAUAACGACAGCGCCGAGCAUACCCCAAGUCAGUUCGUCUCCCAUUUCGCAGACGGAUUCUUGGAUGUUAUUGGCAAUGAUGGCCCUGAAGAACCAUCGGGCGCCCCGCCUUGUAACCCUUGCAGCCCGGGGAGCCCCUCGCCUAUUCUGAGUUCUUCGUGCUAUUCCACUGGGGACGUGGAUCGUCAAGUCGUCCUUUCCAAACCUGUUUCUUCCAUCCGUAACCUUCUCCAUUACGACUACGAUUUGUCCCACGAGCCUUCACCUGCGCCUUCACCAUCUCAGCACGAGGAGGACAUGAUUAUGUCUGGUUCUGAGGCCAGUGAUUCUGAGAGCUCAGAGUCUGAGGAUUCUCUGUUAGAUGACUUUUAUCCGCAGCAACUCGAGGGGCCAUUUGUUUCUGGGAAGGUUGGUGAUAUGAAAGAGAGCCUCAAAGUCGAAGUGGCCUCCACGACGCCGCACACCGAGAAGAGAAUCGCAGAUCUGGAGAAGAAGCUAGCAGAAGUUGCAGCUGACUUGGAAUGCACUUUCCGGGAUAAUCGUAUGGUCAUCCAUGAAAUGGAAGAUGAGCGAAGCGAACUUCUUCAUGAGCUUGAACAUCUUCGGGCGGACGCUGUCGAUAUGAAGCUGGAGGACAUCAGCGGCAUUCUUCUGGGUGCGCUGAGGCCUCCAUUCUCCAUCGACUUGAUGAUAAGCUGUUCCUUUUGUUAUAGAUAUUCGUCGUAUUGCGGCUGAACAUCAAACCAAACUCGACACCCAUCUGAAUGCCGUUCAUGAGAAGGAAUUGAUGGCGGCUUCCGCGACGAGUUCUCCUGUCAAGGUAUGUAAUGUCUGCGCUAUGACU